AUGCAACAGAGUAAUGGCGGUGCGCAAUUUAGCUCCUCCGAGUUAAAGGAUCUAUUCCGUCUGGACGAAGAACGCGCUUGUCAAACUCACGAAUUGAUAGGGUGCCAGUGUGGUGGUAGGGGUAUCACCGAUUCUUCUGUCCCUGUUUCUGGGACCGCAACGCCAGCGGAUGGGUCUGAUGAGGAAUUGUCAGAUGCCCCAUCUGUGGAGGACUUGGAUUCUGACGAUUCCUUGCUUGAACCUUUGAGGUUGACUCGUGCUUCUGAUGUCGAUAUGGAGAAGCAGGAACGUGAGAUUCGUGAUGGUACUCUGCGUUCUAAGAUGGCGGGAAAGAAAAACAAGGGCAAGCACGAGAAGUCUAAGGACUCGAAGGAUAAGAUGCAUCAGACUCUGGCUCAGUAUGCGCAUAUCGAUCCUACUCUCCUGAACCCCGAUGUCGAGGACGAGGAGCUUGAAGCUGCUGUUGAUGACGAUGUGCUUGUCUCUAUGCUCAAGGAUGAGUGUAACUUGAUCGGGUAUGUCUUCAAGAAGACCAAUGGUGCAGAGAUGGGAACUUGA